AUGAAGAAGGUUACCUUGCUACAGGCGACGCUGGUCGCACUUGCUGCUCGUUGCGCCACCGCGUCGCUCACGGACCCAGACGUUGGAGAAGGCUACAACUUCCUGCAAGAUACCGUCAGGGGCGCAACCGAGAAAUUGAUCGGAACGCUUGCCCCCAACGCUCAAGCAACAACGACUACUGCCCAACAAGGUCCGACCAGUGGUGAGUUCUUCGUACCAUUCGGUACCGACGAACCGUCCGAGGAGCUGUUUGUACAUAAUAGCAGCCUCGAGAAAAUCGUGCCGAUCAUCAACGUCGCCGAGGAAGCGCUCAACCAGCCCAUUCCUACCAAUGACUGGUGGGGCAACCUCAUCCACGUCACAGAUCUCAAAAACGUGUCCAACUACGCUGCCUGGUCGAACCCGUACGCGGUGAAGCUGCCACGUGAAGCGCCGUACGGACUGCAGACCUGCUACUCGUACACGUACCGCGAGAUCGGGUCGGAAGUCAACGGAACUGUCAAGUACUACAACCACUCGUACCAUAACGAUCUGACAUUGUCGUCGGAGGAGUUCUUCUCAUACGAGCCCAAAUACGAAGUGUACGAAUGGGACGAAGGAGGUGCCAAACUGCGUACGUGUGACGAGACCACAUGCAAAUGCAUGGACUCGGCAUUGGUGAGUGGAAUGGCGUUUGUGUGCGAUGGACUCACGCCACGCAUCGAUACCGAACACAAUAUCACGUACGUGGACGACUCGGCGCCGGGCAAGUUUGUCAUUCAUCUCAACAACAGUCAGACGUGGGUAUUGUACGCGAGUGACAAGAGCCUGUCGCUGCGUGUAGAGGAACCAGUCGUGUUCUCUGUGAACGCUUCGGGGUCGUCGUUGGUGGCGGACAAGGGGUACUCUGGCACGAUCCGAGUGGCGAUACUCCCGGAGGAAGCGGCUGAUGACACCGUCUAUGAUGAGUACGCCUCCUGUAUGGUGAUGGGUGGUGGUGUAUCGAUGGAGUCACGCACGGGUUACUCGCUCCACUGGGACGUCGAGGGCAGUACGUGUGAAUCGGUAGGUCUGUUGCACUUCGCUCUGCCACACCAGGUCGAGUCGAUGACUGGAUCUCCGACCAAGACGACAAGUCCUGGAGCGAUCGUGAUGCACUCAGCUACGCGUGGUCUCAUGGUGGGUCAGGUGACGACGAACCCGACGUGGUCGUUCGUGGAGCCCGAAGCAGACUUCGAGGUGGACUUCUACCCUGCCCGUAAGCCGUCGCCGUGGAUUGUUCUGGAGACCGACAUGCUGCGUACGCUGCAGAAGGAUAUCAUGGGCAACUGGUCGGAUUGGGACGCCGAUAGCUGGUACUACAACGGCAAAUAUUUCCAGAAGUACGCGUCGUUGUGUCUGAUGGCAGCAGACAGCUCGGUGGUUGGCCCGGACACACUGCUUCUAUCGUUCUGUCUGGAGAAGCUGGAGAAGAUGAUUGGCCGGUGCUGA